GAAAGGAAAGGGAACUCUAGACGAUUUACUACGAAAACAUCUAUUUUUGUAGUAWUCGGGGUAUGUCCCUUCAAAACACUCAACUAAAAUGCUAUUUUCAAGAAGUCUGACUUCCUUUGUCGACAUWAUUUGAGUCAACCGCCAUCAGAAUGGUCGUUGGUGACACGAAUGGUACCUUUUCUGUUGAAAAUGAAGUUGUGUUGGUUGUCGAAGGGACUGCGAAUCUGCUUCUUGACUUUGAAAUUCUACGAAAAGAGUACCUGGACCCUAUAAUAGAGUACAUAAAUGGAGGGCCUUUACAAGACAGUUCAUGUUUCUUUGGAAAUGAGUAUGGUCCCAAUCAAUAUUGCCUGGUUUUGUUUGGCACCAAGAGUAAUGAAGAUGCUGUACAACUUGUUCAGUACACAAGAAAUGUAGAUGAAUUGGUGAAGGCUAUCGAUAACAUAAGAUUCACUGGUGGAGGUGCCCAGGAAGGGAGUCUUUUGGCUGAGGGAUUGGGUUUUGCUUUACAGGCUUUUGAUGACAUGAAGCUGCGAAGGCAGAGUGCUAAUGUACAAAGAAACUGCAUUGUGGUUAGCAAUUCUCCACCUUAUCCUCAACUUACWAGAGAAUGCUUAAGCUAUCAAAACAAGACAGUGGAACAGUUGGCAGAAAUGCUUGCCAAGGAUAACAUCAACUUAUCGAUCAUUUCACCACGUAAGCUUCCAGGAUUACAAAAAGUUUUUGACAAGUCAAGAAGAGAUGAUAGCAAGACUGCCAAAGACUUUGCCAAGGAUCCAAGGCACCUUGUSUGUAUCCAAGGACUGGUGUUGCCAGGGACUCAAGGAAAUACUAGCAAGUCAUCUCCUCAAGUCAAAAGUGAAUGGGGAAUGUCACAUCCAUCUUCAGCCCAACCMAUGUCAGCUAARGAACCCAACACCUCCCCCCCUAAGGCUGCCAAUACAAUCAGCAAGGGGUCUCCUGGAAGCAUUAACAAUGGACGGCAAAUGAUGCCUGAUCAAUCACCAGAGGUUCCAAAGCGCGCAAAGAAAACAAAUACCAAUAAAUCACCUCCAGUCAGUUCAGGACCAGAUCUUAUUACGUCCAACUCAAACAAUCUGUCAGGGAGUCAAGUUAUGGCAGGCAUGAUUCAGGCUUCUGGGGGUCUUCGAUUCCAAUCCCCAAAUGCUAUCAUAGCCCCUCCAAAUCAGGUCCCUGUUAUUCCUCCUGUCAUGCCCCCAGAUCUGAUGAUUGGACAACAGCAACCACCCCAGGCCCCUCCAGAGGCCAUUCCUCCUGGUGGUAAUCAGAACCAGGCCUGGAAUGGUAUGCUCGAGUGGACUGAAACUGUCAAGAACGAAGCUACUCAACAGCCACAAAAGAUAACAAGAUCUUUGCAGUGCCAUAUCUCUGUUGUUGCUCCAGGAAAUGCUAUAAAAACUGACAAAUGGCCUGGCAAGCUCAUUAUGCAGCUUAUACCACAACAUCUACUGUCUACACUUGGGCCUCUUCUUCAGAAUUGUAAAACUGUUGCAUUCCGCUUCCCCGCUACGGACCCAGAUUCGCUUAAAGCACUUUAUCGUGUGAUGGCGCUGAAUGGCGUAAAAUUUGCUGGUUGUGUUCACUUUGCCCCAGUCCCUGGCUGCGACAUCAAAGUGUUGCUUUUGAUUUACAGUCCUAAAAAGAAAGCUUUUGUUGGUUUGAUACCGCAUGACCAGGGCAACUUUGUCAACGGAAUAAGGAGUGUUCUACAAAAGUAUAGGCAAGAUCAAUUUAAGAAGAUUCAACAACAGAGACUUUUAGCAGUACAGAUACGUCAACAGCAGCAGAUGCAACAAUCGCAACAACCAGGGUUUCAGAACCAGAUUCAGCAGACUCUACAGUUUGGCCAGCAAAAUACAGCUCUACAAGGCACGCCAAUGCAGAUUGAUCCAGCAGCCUUGAUGCAAACUGUAACAACGCAGGCUCCCCAGACYAUCGAUGGAAUAACUAGUACCCAACCCUCAAGUAUCGCGUACAGCACAGGCUCUGUUGGUGGUGCAGCGAUAGGAACAAUGACACCAACAUUGCCAGGAAUAGACCAGGAUGCUUUGCGUCUCCAAGCUCUGAAACAACAGCAGCAGCAGCAUCAACAGCGACAACAACAACAACAGUUACUCUUUCGUCAAAAACUGCAACAACUCCAGCAGCAGCAGGCUCAACAGCAACAGCAACAGCAGUUUGUGCAACAACAACACCAGCAACAGCAGCAGCUUCAACAGACUCAGCCGUCCCAAGUUCAAAACCAGCUUCGCCACUUACUGCAGCARGCUCAAAACCAGGUCACAAAUCAGACUCCCGGUCAGCAGCCAGCCAUGACGCAACAGCAAUGGCAACAGCAGCAGCAACAGCAUCAGCGUGCGUUACUGCUGCAGCAACGACAACAACAGUCACAACAGCAGCAGCAACAACAACAGCAGCAACAGCAAUUAGCUAACCAAAUAGCACAGGUUCAAAUGUCGUCAGCUCAGCUUGCCCAAACACAGUCUCAAAUGGCAACUGGACAAGUAUCGCAGGCUCAGAUGACUACACAGAUGGCUACACAGGGACUGGCCCAAGGUGGACAACAGGAUUUCUUCCCGGAAAAGAUGAGUCUGUUAGAUUURUUGCARCCGUAAUUAAAUUAUUGUUGUAAGGUUYUAGAUCGAUUCCAUAAGUUGGCUAGUUCAMCUUKGGCUUCMUGUGMUUGUAGCUCGAAAAUUAGGGAAUCUAGUAAGAGAGGUUUUCCUUAGUCUAUGAAUAAGAAAAUACUAAGCAAUUUACACUAGAUGAUGCAGUGUCUUUUUAUCGCACAGUGAAACUCUCUUUACUCCUACAAUCGUAUGCAAAAUAAAUGGAGCACCCUACUUCCUUUCCCCACACACGUUUCUUUCGCCUCCUUGUCCAUUUUGUAGCAAUUCAUUGACGAGRGGAGGUUGUAGUAACAAAAUCAUAGACGACCUGUUUCACGCAAUUUUGMAAAAGAUUGUAGUAAAUCGAGAUAGUGUAAGAGAUACUAACUGACAAUUUGUGAAAGUCUAGAAAAGACUAAAAUAGUGACAAUGAAAGUUUUUGGACUUCAAACGUCGUAUUUUUCCUCGACUUAUUUAAGAUAUUAUUUUAUGGUCGAAGGGAAUCUAUCUCUGACUUAUGGAAUCAUUCUAGAAAGUUUGUAGAUAUGACUCAUUCAACAACAAUUUCACGUAAAAACGCUAUUUAAACAAYGGUGCAAUGGUUGAAACGAGCUCAUUAUGCUGUGAUAGUUGCCCGCGUAAACUGAAUUUUAUGAAGAACAAAUAGCAYCAAUAACCGCAGAAACAGUUWCUAAGACUAAAGGUAAAUAUCUCAGCAUAAUGCCCGAGAUAUAAACUGCUGUAAUGUUUUUAUUAUUCAACAACAACAUUUUCUGAAGCGGGCACUGAUGAAGAAAACGUCCAUAGCCUGCUCAACUAUUUCUUGAAAGAAGAAAAAAAUCGAGCUUCGCACGCUUUAAUUUAUUUAUUGACACGCGCUCUUUGUGAAAUUGCGGAUUGCAUUUGGUAUUAUGUCGCGAUCCCGUCCUUCGCGGGAUACAAUGAGCAGUAUGUUACAGACAUUGCAUUCUGCGAGGAACGGGAUUGUCACCUACCUACCACAGGUAAUCCACAAAUACAAAGGGUGCGCGCCGAUUUUAUAAAACCGGACGAAGCUUGCUGUUUUCAUCUCUUAAACAAUGGUUGGGCAGCCUAUGAAAACGUCCUAAGAAAGCGUUUAAGGAGCAUACGGUUGUAUUGCUUUGGGCAUAUAAAGCAACCAUCAAGAAUAUAAAAGUGUGGAAUGUGAAAUCUGUCUUAUAAAUAAGGAUAUAGUUUAUUGCUAGAUAAGUUUAUAGCGAGAUAACUUUAUUCUUUGGGACACCCUAAACAGAAACCGGAUAUUUUUCGAAACCGCAUAUUUCGAGGCUUUUUUAGACAGCUAUUUAUUUCACAUUUUUAUUUUUAUUGAUCAUCGUUUUCAAAUUGACGCGUUUUGGAAACUAAAAUAUCCACUUUGAAAAGAAGCGUUACCAAAAAUAUCUAAAUGCGGUUUCGGCCAAUCUCGUACCCAGAGCCCACACUUCUUAACUUCCGCUGGAUGGCAAUAGUGCGGGCUCUGGGUGCGAGAUUAAGUUUCGGYGGUUUCGAAAAUAUCUUGUUAUAUUUAUAUUCAGACUCAAAGAAAGGGCUAUAUCCCCUCGAGACCUGGUCUAGUGUAUUAUGUCAAAACAUUUUAAUUCAUAUAUAGUAAUUUAACGAUUAAACAAAUACACGUUUAUAAAACGGAAAUAGCUUAGGUACAAACUAAAUAAUAUUCAUCCUGCUAUCAAAAGUAGAUAUUUUGUAAUCAUUAUGAUAAUGACAAAAAUAUAAUGUAAAGCAUUUA